AUGGAGUCCAUGACCAAGGGUCAUGCACCUUUCAUCCCGGUCGGGGAGAAGCUACAGUUUGAACCCGGGAACUCCCAGUUCAGCAUCUCGGCUCUCGGCCAUGAGACGUCCUGCCCUGCGGCACGCCAGACAGAUGCUAUCGACAGAUGGCAACUGGUACACCAGAUUGAAUGCAUUAUACGGGGGAAUGCCCAUGAUACAAAGCUGAGUGGAAGGAAGCACAAUGCUGAUUUGCAGGUUGCACUCCUGGGAGAUGGUGACAGAAGAUGGUGGACUUACAUAUGGAAAUUGCACGAUGUGGCGCCCGGCCUGGCUUGGGGUGGACACUCAUUGUGCCACGAACGACCUUCGAACCCCCUACUCUGUGCCAAGUGCUGCUCUAGGCUCUGGGGACCCAGCAGGGAGCGAGACAGAAAUGAAUAUAUCCCAGUUCCUGCCCUCAAGGAGUCCUUGGUGAAGGAGACAGACACACAGACCUGCCAUGAGAACCCAGGGUUGGGAGUCUCUGUGAGCAGCGUGACACCGUCAUCAUCAUCUUCAUCAUCCACAUCAACUCCUAUUUAUCAGACACCAAUGAGGACUUUCUGUUCAUUAUCUCUCAACAGUCCUACCAGGGCUCGAAGCACCCUGACUCAGACCCAUGGAAUGAUGGCGGGGAUUUAUUCCCACUCAUCUGGAGGUAAACUCAUUUUUACCAGGGUGCCAUUCAAUCAGCAAAUCAGAGAGAGAGGGAGGAAAAAAAGCAAGUUAUUUCUCGUUCAUGCAGAAGGUGGAUGGAUGGAAGAAAAACUCCAAUGGAUUGUAACCCUUUCGGGAUCAAGUGACUGAAGGAAAAGAAGGAGAGCGCAAGGAAUCAUUCCCCCAGUAAAAAUAAAAUAAAACCAUG